GCUCCGGCUCCGGCUCCGGCUCCAGCUCCGGCUUGGGCUCGGGCUCGGCGGGCGGGCGGGCGGACAUGGCGGCCAACAUGUACCGGGUCGGAGAUUAUGUCUACUUUGAGAAUUCCUCAAGUAAUCCAUAUCUAAUCAGAAGGAUAGAAGAACUUAAUAAGACGGCAAAUGGCAACGUGGAAGCAAAAGUAGUAUGCUUUUAUAGACGGCGAGACAUUUCCAACAGUCUUAUAAUGCUUGCAGACAAGCAUGCUAAAGAGAUUGAAGAAGAAUCUGAAACUUCAAUAGAUGCUGAUCUGACAGAUAAACAGAAACAUCAGUUGAAACAUAGAGAACUAUUUUUGUCACGUCAAUAUGAAUCUCUUCCUGCAACACAUAUCAGGGGGAAAUGUAGUGUUGCACUACUGAAUGAAACAGAAUCAGUUUUGUCAUAUCUUGAUAAAGAGGAUACCUUUUUCUAUUCUUUGGUUUAUGAUCCUUCAUUGAAAACACUUUUAGCAGAUAAAGGGGAAAUCAGAGUAGGACCUAGAUAUCAAGCAGAUAUACCAGACAUGCUUGCAGAAGGAGAAGCAGAUGGCAGAGAACAAUCAAAACUGGAGGUCAAAGUUUGGGACCCAAACAGCCCUCUUACUGAUCGACAGAUUGACCAAUUUUUAGUUGUAGCACGUGCGGUUGGAACAUUUGCUCGAGCCCUGGAUUGCAGUAGUUCAGUCAGACAGCCCAGUUUACACAUGAGUGCAGCUGCUGCUUCCCGAGACAUCACUCUGUUCCAUGCUAUGGACACAUUAUACAGACACAGCUAUGAUUUAAGCAGUGCAAUUAGUGUUCUUGUACCACUUGGAGGACCUGUUUUAUGUAGAGAUGAAAUGGAAGAAUGGUCUGCUUCUGAAGCUAGCCUAUUUGAAGAAGCUUUGGAAAAAUAUGGAAAAGACUUCAAUGAUAUACGUCAGGACUUUCUCCCAUGGAAGUCAUUGACUAGCAUCAUUGAAUAUUAUUAUAUGUGGAAAACUACUGAUAGAUAUGUACAACAGAAACGCCUGAAAGCUGCUGAAGCUGAAAGCAAAUUGAAACAGGUUUAUAUUCCAACUUACAACAAACCAAAUCCCAACCAAAUAUCUGGCAGCAAUGGCAAACCCAACACUGUGAAUGGAGCUGUGGGAACCCCAUAUCAACCCCAGAGUGCACUGAUAGGACGAGCCUGUGAGAGCUGCUACACCACACAGUCUCACCAAUGGUACUCUUGGGGGCCACCUAACAUGCAAUGUAGGUUAUGUGCAACCUGUUGGCUGUAUUGGAAAAAAUAUGGUGGCCUGAAAAUGCCUACACAGACAGAAGAAGAGAAGCUAUCACCCAACCCAACCACAGAAGACCCCCGUGUUAGAGGUCACAUGUCACGUCAGGCCACACAGGGAAUGCCAGUCCGAAACACUGGAAGUCCAAAGUCAUCUGUGAAGACCCGCCAAGCUUUCUUCCUUCAUACUACAUGUUUGACCAAACUUGCUCGCCAGGUCUGCAAAAAUACCCUCCGGCUGCGGCAGGCAGCAAGACGACCCUUUGUCCCUAUUAAUUGUGCUGCCAUUAGGGCAGAAUAUGCAGACAGACACUCAGAGGUAUCAGGAAAUACUAUGAAGAGCAAAAGCACUAGAAAACCUUUGGCAUGUAUCAUUGGUUAUUUAGAGAUCCAUCCUGCAAAGAAACCAAAUGUACUAAGAUCUACGCCAAGCCUGCAAAGCCCAUCCACUAAGCGGAUGCUUGCUACCCCAAACCAUGCAUCUCUGAGCAUCCUGGGGAAGAGAAACUACAGCCAUCACAAUGGCCUGGAUGAACUCACAUGCUGUGUUUCAGACUGAGAUGCCCUCAUCCCAUCCUCCAAACCAAGACUUACUUCACUGUCCUACUGACGUUCACAGCUUUGGCUUAGGAAGAGGCAGUUGUGCUGGCACAUUCCAGCUUGAAACCCCCAUGCUGAGUCAGUGGGGAAAUUUGAGUUCAGAUCCCCAAAGCUACAUCUCCAUUUUUGAAUCAAUAGCAUCUUCCCUAGCCUCUUGAGAUACAAGCUGCCCCAAAACAGGACCCAUUUGAGAAGGGAGGAGGCGAAAGUUUACCCUGCUCUACUGUAUUUUAUCUGCAUCCCUCCAGCAUCACAGGAUUUGUGGGUUUUUUUCUCCCUCCUCUUGAGCACAUAAAUGAGCAUCUGUAUCUCCUAGAAAGAAGCAAGUCCUGAGUCCUGCUGCCUUGGAGAGACAGUAAUGUUUCAUGGAUCAGCCUGACUGUGGUUUGUGAGGAUGCAUAAUUGUGUAGAGGAGGGGGCAGAGCAUCUUUUUGAAAGAAUUCUUGAGGAAAAAUUCCCAUGUACACACAGCCUCCUUUGACAUUUUUUCCCAUUUUUUAGGCAUCAGGGUCACACAGCUUUGAUACCAUCAUCACAUUUGUUGUCAAGCCCUUAUUAGUUCUGUGGUUUAUUUUUAAAAAGGGAAAUUUUCUCUCCCCCUGGGUAGCAAGAGUCUCCAGAAUUACCUGUCAUAAGCAGCAGAAAUUGCCCUUCGUGAUUCUGUAAAAGUCUACUUCCUUUGUCACUUGUCUUUUUAAUUGUUGGGUACAUAACCUGAAGCCUUAACAUUCAUAUGUAGCUCUUAGAUUAUCUUGCCCCUUUCCCAUUCCCCAGUGCUUAAACUUUGCCACAAAUUUGUCAUAAAUGAUGUGACACAAAUUGUUUUCUUCCCUUUCUAAGGGAACUUUCAUUAUAUUCCCUGAUGAUAAUAGAGGUGUUCUGGGCUCCUCUCCACCAGGUUAUCCCCACACAUCAUCUAGGUUACAAACCAGCAAAGGAUAAACUGGGGCUGAAUCCGCCUUCAUGUGGUUGAAAAAAGCCAAGACACAUCGGUUCAGUAAAGGACAAUUUUGCCCUUUAAGGAAUAUGGAAGUAGGAAGGAAGAAAGUGGGGAUAAGAGAAAGGAGGAAAGGGGAAAGAGAGGAUGUGAGAGAGAGAAGGAAGGAAGAAGAUAGAAAGUGAGAGGAGAGAGAGAAUGACAAAUAGACACAGUCUUUAGAGUCCCCUAAGGAAUCUGCAUGAACAUAGUAUCAUUUUCUGGCUUGAACACCUGCCCUCAACACUGGAUUUUGUUGUCUUUGCAAGUGGUUGAUAUGCAGUCCUUAAGUGAGGCCAAAUUUGAAGAAAACAAUUUUUAUUCCUGGAAAGGCAAAUGUAGAUGAUAUCCCUGAAUCUGAAUUUCUACAUGCAUGACUUGUAAGUCUCAUUUUUUUAGCACUUAGGAAAAGGAGGGAAAAACUUAGGAGCUGCACAUUGGUUUCCUUUAUUAUAGGGUCCAUUGUUCCUAUAAUAUUUAAACAUUCAGGAAAUGUGAGAACAUUAAUUGAAUAAGUCUUGAGGUCCCUGUCUCUCUAGUCAGCCAUAUUCUUAAUCGGUAGAUUUGCGUGAGCGUAAGAGAACAUAAUAUACGUUGGGAUGAUAUUCUGGGUCAAAGUUUCAAGUAUUAACUUGACUUCCAGAAACAUUAAUUAUUUCCUCCUUUUUUUUUUAAAUGAGGAAGGCAAUCCAGGCCCUAUUCCCAGAAACAUUUUCAAAUCUGUCCUCUGGAGUAAUGUGAAAUAGUGACUGGGUACCAGAAGAUGAGCCAGCUAAAUGGAGAACAGGGUGAUAAAAGGAGAUGAGGGGGAAGGUUUAGAAAGUCAAGAAGGAUUUUUUAAAAGAUGGUUCUUGGAGUAUAGGAAAAAGAAAAACAAACUUGUCUGUCUUCUUGUAUGAGUUAUAUGGUAGAGACAUUCAAACUGUUCCUGUUUUGUGAAUUUUUUUUUGAUCCAAGACACUAAAGGAUCCUUUUCCUCUUCCUUUCUCCUUGAAAUCUCUUAUUAAAUCCAGCCUUCCAAUUUGCUAUUGGUCUUCAUCCUCUGAGGAUGUUAUAAGAUGUACCAUUCAUCCGAUCCAGGGAACUGUGCAUAUAGGGCCAGGCUGUAAAAAGCAAUAGUUCCUGAGGUAUUUGAAUCUGAGAACUUUUGUCAUUGAGAAUUAAGUAGUGGCUCCCUGUAAACUUCAUUCAAAAGAUAGCCUUUUUCCAUUUAAAAGUUCUCAGGCCAGCAACUUCCCUGAGCUUCCUAAAAGUAGGGUGUGAAAUAUCAAUGUUACAUGAGAUAAUUGGACUGUCAUUUAACUUCCCAGUCCAACUUUAUCAGACACUUAGGACUCAUUGCUAAUCUUGAAAAUUUCUCAAUUUCUCCCAUCUUCUGACUAUAAAGUCCCAUUACAGCAUGAUGAGUCUUCCUAUAUACUGCCGUCUAGUCCAUAUGUACCAGUAAGUUACAUACACAUACACACAUCUAAGUAAAUGUGCAGAAAAGCUCUGUGUUCUUAUAAUUAAAGUCAAAUGACAUUUUAAAGGCUACAGUAUUCAUCUAUGAUAGCAUCACUUCCUCUCUGUCUCUAGUUCCCAUCUAUAGUAUGAGUAGUUCAAAAGGAGAAAACCUGAAACUAUCGGUUUAUGUUUUCAAUAUUUCUAUUAAAAUUCUAACUUUCCCAGAA